AUGGCCACCACUCAAAUGUCGGCAGCGGCCAAUGCUCUCGCUGAAUGGCGAGCCAUUGGAAUCUGUCUUUUUAUUACCAUUGCUGCGUUCCAGUUUGGGUUUGAUUCUUCCUAUUAUUCAGGUAUCCUGGCAAUGGAGCCCUUCAUCAAGGCUUAUGGCCAAUACGAUAGCGCGACUGGCGGUUACAUUCUCAGCUCGAGUAUGCAGUCCCUCACUUCCAGCAUCAUCAAUGUCGGUGAAAUCGUCGGCGCUCUAUCAUCGUACCUGGUAGAUGAUAAAAUUGGUCGCCGAGGAGGGUUGUUCGUAUCUAGUGCCUUCGUGGCUGCAGGCACAAUCUUCCAGGUUGCUGCCGAUAAACUGGCCCUGUUGAUUAUUGGGCGUCUCCUUCUAGGCUAUGCUGUGGGUCUGAUCUCCUGCUUAGUUCCAUUGUAUGUCGCAGACUGUGCUCCGACAAUGUUCCGCGGAGCCCUGGUCUCGCUGUACCAAUUCGAUGUGGGCUUGGGUUUACUCCUUGGUGUAGUUGUCGAUAACGCCACCAAGGGCCGAGCGGAUACUGGUUCAUAUCGCAUUCCAAUGGCAGUCCAGCUCGUCUUCCCCCUCGUCUUGGUCCCUGGCCUGAUCUUCCUUGCUCCCGAAUCCCCACGGUGGCUGCUGUCGAAGGGCAAAACUGAGAAAGCUAGAAGCGCCCUACAGCGCUUGCACGGCAAUCGCCCUGACCUGAUCGAAAGUGAAAUUCUGCAUAUGACACAACUGAUUGAGGAAGAACGCCGAGUUGAGGGUUCUUGGCGGGAUCUACUGUCCUGGAAUGUUGAUGGUCGCAAAGCCUACCUGGGAAUGGCCCUUCAAGCAUGGCAACAAGCCUCCGGCAUCAACUUCAUCACCAGCUACGGCAUCAUCUUCUUUGAGACCAUCGGAAUCACGAAUUCGUUCCUGAUCCAGAUGGGUCUGUAUCUUGUCGCAAUGCCCGCUGUGUGGUUCAACCAGUACACCGUAGAGCGCUUUGGUCGCCGCGCGAUGCUGCUGAUCUCAUGCGCCUUGGUUGCUAUUGUUCUGAUGAUUGUCGGCGGAGCAGGAACUGUACCUGUGAAGAGUUUGGCGCUGGACCGAACUAUCGUGGCCAUGGUAUACAUAUUCAUGUGUGUCUUUAACCUUGCCCUAGGCCCGGCCGUUUGGGUUGUUACUUCAGAGAUCUCUACUGGGCCGAACCGCAGCAGGCUUAUGGCAACCUCGACUGGUACCAACUGGUUCUGCAGCUGGAUGGUCACUUUCACCUUCCCAUACCUGUUCAAUGCAGACUCAGCCAACCUCAGUGCCAGGGUUGGAUUUAUCUAUGGCAGCUUGAUGGUUGCAGCCGCAGUCUGGGUAUUCUUCUUCCUGCCCGAGACGUCUGGCCGGACGCUCGAGGAGAUCCAUGUAAUGUUCCAGCAGGGCGUACCGGCUCGGAAGUUCAAGUCGCACACAAUCGUCGACAUGGCCUGGCAGGGCACUUCCGACGAGAAGGAAGGGGCCUAUGCCACCGAAAUCGAUAAGUGUUGA